AUGCAUUAUAAAAAUUUUGCAGAGUUGGAAGCGAGUUUCGACUCGCUGAUGCGGGAUAAGAACUUACGGCGGGCUAUCAGAAAAAUGAGCGAUCCAUUUGCGAUGAUUAUGCUAAACAAGUACGCGCUGGAAGUCACACUCAACUGGCUUUGCAAUACGGAGCAGAUGCUCGACGUACAUAACCGUACGCUGUUUUUUACACUUGAUGGCGUGGCUCGAGAUGGGCUGCUUUCUCGCUAUCCGAAUCUGAAUACUGUUACAAAGCACAUUCCGUGCCUGCAGGAAACAUUCGCACCCAUGGAUUCAACAUAUAUGAGCUUUUUCGUUCUACGGACCAAUCUAAUAAGGACAAUUAUAAAUUAUGCGCGUUCGAUCUGGUUGCUGCAAGCAGACACCUUUUGGAGAGAAAAUUUAUUUAACGUACCGAUAAUCACUGACCAGGCAGCGAAAGUGUUUCUGGACCAAGAUGGUUACGACGGAGUAGCAGAAUCUAGAAAAGAAUCAAUGAAUGGUGCCAACUUUUUCGUUUCAAAGUCAGCAGCUGAUUUGAUCAAUGACCUCUAUUGGUACCAGAGUCGUUUCUACGUAACUGAUCCGGAUGCAAUGAGAAUCGUUUGUCGGAAAGGAAUAGCACCAUCCGGAUGUCGUUUCAUCCAUCACAGGUACCAUCACUUACUUUUAGAUCCGAAGUAUCAGUUGCGAUAA